AUGGGAAACCCAAGCACCGUUAUGACCGGCACAAUCACCGCACUGUACGAUAUUGGAGGUGUUUUUGGUGCCCUAAUCGCAGCCUUCACGGUUGAGAGCCUUGGCCGCAAACGUGGGUUGAUGGUUGGAGCUGCCCUCAUUGUCAUUGGAUCAGUUUUAAUGGGAGUAUCCGUUGAGCGGGUGCUGAUGAUAGUCGGCCGAAUUAUAACUGGGCUGGUACCGGCUAAACUACGCAACAAGCCCGAGGAUGACCCCGUUGUACAAAAGGAGAAGUCGGAUAUUCUUUCUGCGAUUAAUAUCGAAUCAGAGGAGGAAGGCACUUGGAAGUCUUUAUUUAUGGAUGGAGGGUGUGCUGCCAACAAGCAGUUCUUCUUAGCGCUUGGUAUCCAGUUCAUGCAGCAAACUUCAGGAAUCAAAAUUGUGAGCUAUUAUGCUCCAACAAUUUUCCAGGAUAGUCUUGGUAUGGACCAGGAAAAAGCCUUCAAGCAGUGGUACAUGAUCGACUCAGUCGGUAGACGCCACCUUUUUAUCACCAUGGCAAUUGGGAUGUGCAUUGUACUGGUCUGCGAAGCCAUCGCCAUGGCUAUCGACAACAAGUCCUCAGGAAUCGCAGCCGUCUUCUUUGUUUUUGCGUUCGAGGCCUAUUUUACUUGGGAGACGUCUUAUCUGAACCUGGAGUCGGUCGAUCUUAUAUUGUUGCCAGAUGCGGACCGCGACCAGGGGAUCGAAGUGAAGCAAAAUUUCUACCAGAAAGCUCUACAGUGGAAUUUCGUUCCAAGAGCUCGAAUUGCCGUCGAUGAGGCCAAGGCAAGGAAGAAAGCUGGUCUUGUUGAAGCGCUGGGUGAUACUGAGCCAGCUCAGGGUGAUCCCAAGUUCCCUGGACCCACACAUGUUGAAUAUAAAAAAGAUAUGUGCGCAACAAGGCCUACGAAUAACUGGAAUUUGAAUUCAUCUCUGAGCUCAAACUUUUCUAUCAGAUAG